CCAGCGAGUUAGUGUCCAUCAUGUAAUUAGGACAUCGAAGAAAAUGGCGGCGGAUUUCAAGACUGCACAGCCAUUAGAAUAUUACAGGCAGUUUCUGAAGGAGGAUGUAAGGCCAGAUGGUCGUACACUCUUAGAGUUUAGAAAAACGAUUCUCAAUGUUGGUUCUAUAUCGACAGCCGAGGGAUCGGCUUUGGUUAAAGUUGGAAACACGACAGUUGUCUGUGGAGUCAAAGCAGAGUUUGCUGUGCCAAGUCAGGAUAAACCAAAACGUGGCUUCAUAGUUCCUAAUGUAGAUUUACCUCCUCUUUGUUCCUCCCGUUUUCGCCCGGGCCCUCCUGGUGAACAAGCACAAGUUUUGAGUCAAUUUGUGGCUGAUGUUAUCUCCAACUGUGAACCAGUCAAUCUGGAGGACUUGUGUAUUGUGGAGGGCAAGUUGUCAUGGGUCCUGUAUGUGGAUAUUAUGUGUCUUAGUUAUGAUGGAAAUAUAACAGAUGCAUGUCUCAUAGCUGCUAUUGCUGCCCUCUUAAACACACACCUUCAUUCAGUGACAAUAGAUGAAGAGACACAAACUCCACUACCAUCUGAAGAGAGAGAAGUUCUAUUGAACCUUAGGGCACAUCCAGUCUCUGCUACACUUGGUGUAUUUGAUGACACAGUAUUGUUUGCUGAUCCAACAGAUGAAGAGGAAAAUCUAGUGACUGGAAUUGUGACAGUAGUCAUCACAGAUGAUGAUAAAAUUGCAGCAGUUCAUAAACCAGGUGGAUCACCCCUAGUGGAUGAUAAACUACAGGAAUGCUUCAAAGUGGCAGUGAAAAGAGCAAAAGAAGUCAGAGAUCUUGUACAAACAGCUUGUAUAAAUGUUGACAGAUGAUGCGACAU